AUGGCUGAUGAAAAUUUAAUCCGAGAUAUUCAAGUAACGAAGCUUUCAAAGGCAACGUAUAACCGCUGGAAGAUUGAAAUUCGAGACGCUCUGGAAAGUCAUCGAAUAUGGGAAGUCGCUAGUGGGAAAUCAGAUAAUACGGUUGGUUCUUUUGUAGCAGGUCUUAAAGUCAUAGUACGUCGAAUUGAAGCGCUAGAGUCAGAAGAUUUUGGUAAAAGUUUCAAUGAAAAACUCAUGAUGGCAAAAAUUCUUGGAUGUCUACCGAAAGAUUUUAAUAAUUUUGUUACAAGCUGGUCACUUCUUUCAGAAGACGUAUCACUAGAGUCUUUCUUAGAAAAGCUCACAAAUGCAGAAAGAAAUAUUACAGAACGUCUGGACGAUAUAUCCCAUGAAGCUUUCAAGGCUCAAUCUAAGUCAACGAACAGUCAAGAUAAGAAAGCAGUCAACAAGAAGUUCCAGGGAAAGUGUCAUAAAUGUGAUUCGGGAGCAAGCGUUCAUUUAACAAGAAAUAUGGAAUGGUUUUCGUCGCUACGUAAACUUGCUUCACCGUUAGUGCUAAAUGCUGCUAGCGGUCAAACUCUUCUGGCAACUCAUGUUGAUGCAGAAAGAGAAACAAGAAGAAAAGCAAUUUCUUUGAGAACGGAUAAUGGAACUGAAUAUAUUAAUCAAAAUGUAAAAGAAGUUCUUAAGUCUAUGGGCAUUAUUCACGAGUUAUCACCGCCUAAUGUCAAACAAUAUUUGUCUAAAAUGGAUCAUCACUUACUCUGGACAGAAGCUGUUGGGACAGCAGCAUAUCUUCGUAAUCGAGUGCCAAAUCGAGGAUUCACGAAUACGACUCCAUACUACGAAUGGUAUGGAAAGAAGCCUGAUGUUUCUCAUCUUCGAGUUUUUGGUGCAAAGGCUUUCGUACGUAUUCCAGAUUCACAAUGA